CAGAUUUUAGGUGUUUCGUGUUGCAUUGACAUUCGCUUCAUCAUUUUUAAUUUUUGAUCUCUCAGAUAUCAGAAAAUGUGAUGAGUAAAAUUUAAGUUUGUAGGUGUUUUGUAAGUGAACCUGUGAUAUAAUGUAUUGAAAUUAUUAUUUAUUAAUAGGACUCUAGUGAUAAAUUUAUACAAUAUGAACUUAAAAGUGAUCCAGACAUUCUUAUUAUUAAGUAUAAUUUCCACUGCCAUAGUGUCAGCAGGAAGAGACUUUUAUAAAAUAUUAGGUGUAUCUAAAUCAGCUAGUUUACAUGAUAUUAAAAAAGCUUAUAGAAAAUUAGCCAAAGAACUGCAUCCCGAUAAAAACCAAGGAGAUCCCCAAAAAUUUCAAGAUUUAGGUGCAGCUUACGAAGUGCUCUCAGACGAAGAAAAAAGAAAGAAAUACGAUAGAUGUGGCGAAGACUGCCUCCAGAAAGAUGGCAUGAUGGAUGGAGGAAUGGAUCCCUUCGCUAGUUUCUUUGGAGACUUUGGUUUUCACUUUGGAGGUGCUGAACAAAAACACGAGACUCCUAGAGGAGCUGACCUAGUAAUGGAUAUACUAGUUACUCUGGAAGAUUUAUAUACAGGUACAUUUAUCGAAAUUACCAGAAAUAAGCCUGUUCUCAAACCAACCAAAGGCACUCGUAAGUGCAACUGUAGACAAGAGAUGAUAACAAAAAGUUUGGGACCUGGGCGAUUCCAAAUGAUGCAGCAGACUGUAUGUGAUGAAUGCCCUAAUGUCAAAUUAGUCAAUGAAGAAAGACUUUUAGAAAUGGAGGUAGAACAAGGAAUGGUUGAUGGACAAGAAACUAAAUUUGUAGCUGAAGGGGAACCCCAUUUGGACGGCGAUCCAGGCGAUCUCAUUUUGAAAAUAAAAACUCAACCACAUAAGCUUUUUGAAAGAAGAGGGGAUGAUUUGUACACUAAUGUUACCAUAAGCUUACAGGAUGCACUGACUGGCUUUACUAUGGAAAUAAAACACUUGGAUGGACAUAAAGUUAGUAUUAUGAGGGAUAAAAUUACUUGGCCAGGUGCCCGCAUUCGUAAGAAGGGAGAGGGCAUGCCCAAUUAUGAAAACAAUAAUUUACAUGGUACCCUCUAUAUUACUUUUGAUGUUGAAUUCCCCAAACAAGAAUUGACUGAUGAAGAUAAAGAAGCUCUUAAGAAAAUACUGAAUCAAAGCUCAAACAACAAUAUUUACAAUGGUCUUCGAGGCUAUUAAUUCCAUCUCAAGAUCAUAUCCGAUCGGAAUGUGAAACAUUUAUCUUUGUUGCCACCCUGACUUAAUUUAUAUGGUUUCUAUUUAUUUCAGAUUAAAAGAAAAACACUUUGUAAAUAAAUUUAUAAAAUAGAACACAAGCAUAUUUAUUUGGGACAUAUUUAAUUAGUCCACUGUAAAUAUUUUAUCUAAGUCUGUUUUAAAUAAUUAUGUGUUUAUAUGAAAAUGGUUUACAGUAU